AUGAAUCUCCUUCAGUUCUCGGCCUCGGCGGUGGCACUGAUGAUGUUCACGCGAUCCUUGGCGGCACCAGCACCAACUGCGCCCCUCUCGAAGCAAUGCGUUCAGCUCGAAGUCCCGCUUCUGAUUACGGCUAACAACAGUCGAUUUGAUCUCCCCCGAGUGGACAACAAUAUUGACGCCGUAGACUGGGUCUGGGAUGUUACCACCUGGUCUCACAAGAGCGAGACCGGGCCCGUCACGGGCGUCAUUCCUGUCAACGACACGUUCACCAUCAGUGCUCAGCUGUGCGUCCCGCCGCAGGGGGCCAAGUCUGAUGUUCUUCAAAUCACAACGCAUGGGGUCGGGUUCGAUAAGAGAUACUGGGACGUCGAGAUCAACCCAGAGGAGUAUUCAUAUGUCGACUCGGCGCUCCGUCAUGGAUACUCAAUCCUCACUUACGACCGCCUCGGCACAGGAAACUCCACCAAGGCCGAUGCCUACGAAGUCCUACAAGCUAGUGUGGAGAUCGAAGUUCUUCGAGGCCUGACCGAACUCUCGCGCACGGGUGACCUGGUCCAAUCUUCAAAGGUGGUCGGCGCCUCGUGCGAUGACACGUCGGCGUUGGAGAACUACACGCCCAGCAAGAUCGCCCACAUCGGCCACUCGUAUGGCUCGUUCAUGACCUCGGGCCUGCUGUCUCGCCACGGCAACCUCAGCGACGGCGCCAUACUUACGGGCUUCUUGAUCAACGAGCACCUGCUCAACGAAGUUGGACCCGAAGCCUUUGGUUUCGAAUUUGCGGCCGAGAGUGACCCAGAUCGCUUUGCGGACCGUCCGUCGGGAUACAUAGUGAGCGCCAGUGAGGGCAACAUCCAGCAGAUCUUCCUGAAGAAGGGCACGUUUGAGCCCGAGCUGCUGCGCUACGCUGAGCUCAUCAAGCAACCCAACGCCGUCGGGGAACUCGUCUCAGGCAACCAGGCGUUUGGCAGGCCGGCUACGGACUUUGAUGGGCCGCUUCAGAUCUUCGUUGGUGAAUAUGACUACCCCGUCUGCGAUGGCGACUGCAACAACGUCUACGACUUGAGGAACAUCAGCGCCCUCUAUCCAGCGGCAACCAACGUCUCCGUCUAUCUGCAGCCCGGCACAGGCCAUGGUUUGACCCUUUCCACGAAUGCGACAGCCGGUUAUGAGCACGAGUAUGUCUUCCAGCCCAAGACCUCGGGGCCGUCGGCCUCACACCAAAUCAAGAAACGGUUGUGCAAGGUGCAAACGACUCCGGAGAAAGACAAGGACUGCCAAUAUCCAAACGAGGAUGGCCACUUUGAGUCAAGGUCCAGUCCUGGACAGAGAACUCAGAAGAACGAUUCAAUUCCGGCUGAAGGACAACAUCUCAGUCUGACAAGCGUCGGUCCACAAAUUUCGGGGACAGUGUCUCGGGAGCCCUCGUCAACGUCCAGUCCACCCACGGCGCAGGCCUCCAACCUCAGCCCUGCGUUCACUGGCGAUGGAAAUCAAAUGAGCCCAAACUCAAGGCUCUCCGCCCAUCUCUUGGACGCCCGAGACCUCGAGCUUCUGAGCCAUUACCUCUCGCACACAAGCCGCUCCAUCGCCUACGACCGCGACGACCUCUAUGCGUUGCGUGUCGGGAUCCCCAACCUCGCCUUUAGCUCGAGCAUGGCCCUGAUGAGCUCGAUGCUCGCGCUGGCGGCCGCGUGCCAGUGCCACGACCUCCUGGAAGCGGCAGCAGAGCCACCGCGGACCCCCGGCGCGGGCGCAGGCCCGGACAUGCCGCGCAUCCGGGAACUGCUGGUUCUUGCGGAGCAGCACCACGCCGCGUCGCUGCGGCAGAUCCAGGAGGACAUCCCGUCGACGGAGCGGUACGACCACGUGCUCGCGAACGCGGCGCUCAUGUUCCUGUAUGGCUCGGCGAGCCACUGGGUCCGCAUCCGGCUCAUGCGGGUGUAUGAGGCCGGGAACAGCGGCGGCGGCGGCGGCGGGGCGUCCCAACUGCCCGGGGAGUUCGUGCCGGUGCGGUCGCAGUGGAUGUCCCUAAUCCGGGCGGUCCACUCUGCGUACGUAGGCCUCCUUGCUGACCAGGCCCAGAAUCCCGGUGCGGCGGGGAUUGGUGACUGUGAGAGGAGUAGUCCGCCGCGUGUCGACUUUAGCAAUGUGGAGAUCAUGUACCCUCAGGAUGGACCCUCUGACGAGACGAGGCGGCUUUUCCUCCCCAUUCUGGCUGCCACCUCGGGGUCUGCAUUGGAGAAGUUGCGCGCAAGAGCUAGGAAGGCGGAAAUGGACGCCGGCUCCAACAACGCGAGCUUCCAAGCUUGCAUGGAGUCUCUGGCGGUGUUCGAAUCGAUACUGGGCGAGACGUUCCGAGAAAAGACACACGCCGAGCUCUCGCCAGAGACGCCAGAAUCACAGACAGACGAUAAAAGGGAGCCAGGAUACCCUCAUUCCCUCGGCCGGCUGUCGAACGUCGCCCCCUGGCUGAGAACCUACACGGCACGCGUCACCAUGAACAGCACAGAUUCGCGGCCGCUGCGGCGCACCGUCAACGCCUUCAUCAACCGCGUCCCCACAACAUACCUACACAUGGUCCAGGCAACGCUCGAGCACAUUCCGGUACACAAAUCGCAGGGGGCAACCCUCGAAACAAGUGAUGCCAGCUACGACCCCGUCCACAGGCUUGCUAUGGACAUAUUCGCCCACUGGCUUGUGCUGGUGUUAUUGCUAGAUGGAGUAUGGUGGAUUGGAGGUAUUGGUGCUUGGGAGCUGGGUGGGGUGGUUGCAUAUAUGCGGGAAGGAGGCAGGGUUGGUAGGGCAGACGAAGAGGAGGGUGAGGCGUGGUGGCCUAAGAGCAUGUACAAUAUAAGGAUGGAACUAAGCAGGCACUUGGCUGAGUAA